UACAAAGUCGUUUUUCUCCAAGUUGCUGUAAUGCCACGUGCAUCCACUUAUAUCCGUACAUUUGUAACCUAAAAAUUACGAAAUUUAUAUUUGAUUUAAAAAAGCCUCACGUAAUUCAACACUCUCAUAGACCUCCAUAAAACAAAACAUUUAUCUCGCGGACAGAUUUUAACGAGAGUAAAGCCUCUCGAUUCGCCUCUUCCUCUGUAAGGAAACACAUUCUUCCGGUGUAGCGAAACUUCAUUUUCUAUUUGAGUAUUUGAACGAGAAACAGAAACUUGUUCCGCUCAUGAAUGCAAAUGAAGAGGAAGACCUAGACAAUAACCAAUCAACAAGAUUAAGAUCAAACCUGGGAAAAAGCAACGCAAUAAAACCAAGAUGACUAGAAGUCAUCGAGACCCCAUCAAAACAGAUUGUGAAACACAGUCAGAUGAUGUUGACUCCAGUAGAGAAGAUUCAGACAUUGGCCAAGCCCACUCUCUCAGCAGUAAUGGGUUUACUUUCAACAUCAUCCAAAUCAAAGAGGAGGAAACAGACUUUGAAGUGCAUGAAACAAAUGAGGAACAUAACGGAAUUAGAUCAAAUUAUCACUUGGAUUCUAGAGCACUCCACCAGGAUUCUGGAACCAUCAAAACAGAUUCUGUUUACAUUAGCCAAGGAACUGUGGAAAUUAAGACUGAGCAUGAUUCUGAAAUCAGAGUGGUUAAGACAGAAACUCUAGUGUACUCUCCCUCACACAGCUGCCCCCACUGCAGUUGCAUGUUCCACACACCACAGCAGCUACUUGUCCACACCUGCCAGGUCGUGAAUUCUGACAACAUUGUGGAUUUUUUGUUGAAGACCCCAUUUCAUUCUUUGGAGUCCACAGAAAAGGUGCGAAUUAAAACAGAGGGUCGACCUCUGCCUGAAAUCAAGUACAUAAGGAAGGAUGACAAAGUGAGGAGGACGUUCAAUACCAACUGGUAUAAAAAGUAUCAAUGGCUAACAGGUAGCCUUUCAUCAAGCCGCUUGUAUUGCUGGCCUUGUCUGCUCUUUGGAACGUUUGAGCCUUGGGCUAAAGGGGGGUUCAGUGACCUGAAGAACAUUGACCGUUCAGCUAAACGGCAUGACGAAUGCCGGGAGCAUCUCAACUCCUACGCGAAACUCAAGCUUUUGGGACACCCGAGUCAUCAUGCCAAUCAUUCACUCAAUGAAGGCCUGCGUAUUCAAGCUGCGCAACACAACGAAAAGGUCAGAAGAAACAGGGAUGUUCUCAAACCCCUCAUUGACAGCAUUGCAUUCUUAGGCAUGCAAGAGUUGGCUUUUAGGGGGCACGAUGAGACGGAAAGUUCCGCUAACAAAGGCAACUACAGGGAAUUGGCAGAGGUAAUCGCGCGGUAUGAUGCUUUACUUGCUCAGCAUAUGGAAUCUUCAACUGUGUUUACUGGAAUGUCAAGAACAAUUCAGAAUGACUUGAUAACUGCUAUCGCAUCUUCAAAUAAAAGUGAGAUUAAAAGCGAAGUUGACGCUGCUCCAUUUUUCUCAUGGCAAAUGGAUGAAACUACAGACCAUUCGCAGUUGUCUGUCAUUGUCAGGUAUGUGGAUGAUCGGGGGUGUGUCCAGGAGCGUUUCUUGGGCUACUUUGAUGUGUCAGCUGGGCGAGAUGCACAGUCUGUGUUUUAUCUAGUGAAUUCGGAGAAUUCGCCACCUUUGUGCAUUGCUAUGCACAUCCCCUCAACUCCGUAUUAAGCCAGAGCGUGAAGUCUAUGCCCAAGACCAAGGUUUUUUUUGCCACACUGGGUGGCUUCGCAACUUUUUUUUGUAAGUCCACCAAUGGAAUGCUGCUAGAAAAGGUCGCUUGUGCAAGUUUGCCAAAAAAUGUACCAACACAUUGGAAUUUCACGUCCAGAGUUGUUAACACAGUGGCAAAAAACUUUGAGCAUCAAUUGGACACAUUCACAGGUAUCACAGACCAUCCUAACAUGGAUGAUGACACGAUUUUCGAUGCAAAUGGGUUCAAGACACACCUGGAAGAUUUUCAUUGUAUUUUUUUACUUCUCACUUUUGAAUAUAUAUUUGCUUGCACAGAUGUGGUUUUUGACAGUGUGCAACAGAAUGCCAUGGAUGUAGAAUUUUGUAAGAGGAGAAUUGAGAAUCUUAUGCUCAAGAUAGAGGUGCACAAAUCUGAAGAAUUUAGUGCUAUAUAUCAGAAGGCUUCGAACAUGACAGAUGAUCCAGAGUUGAUGCAGAGAAGGAAGCGAAGGCAGGGCACGCAGGAUGUAAUGCAGAUGUACAAAUCACUGUACGAUUCAAUCCAUGACAACAUCAAGACACAAAUAGCACAGAGGUUCCAAAGCCUGGACAGCAGGAGAUACAUGGAGUUGUUAGAUGAUGAGAAAUUUGAGUCAUUCCGGAGUGAAUUCCCUGCAAAUGCAAUGGAAAGCCUGUCCCAGAGCUAUGGGUGUUUUUUCAACAUGGAAAAACUGAAAAAUGAGCUGCAAGUGUUCUACUGUGGUGAGGAGCUUCAAGGGAACAGUCGAAAACUGUGCGACAGAAUCUUGCAUUUCAAGGGGUGUGGAUUGAAUGAAGUGAUGCCUGAGGUGUACCGGUUCAUGUGCCUUGUUGCAACUAUAGGGGCAACGUCAGCGGGCGUGGAGAGCAGAUUCUCUCGUCUGAAGAGGCUGAAAAGCUACACAAGGAACACCAUGGGACAUGAGCGACUCAAGAACCUGGCAAUCCUAUCCAUAGAAAGGAGAAUUCUUAAAUCAUUGCAGACGAAUCCUCACUGGUAUGAGAGGGUCAUUGACCAGUUUGCCAACCAGACUAUGAGAAGAAUGGACUUUAUAUUCAAGUGAUUGAGACUGGAUGGUGGAAACUCCCUGAACUACUGCAAGGGAGUAUAAGGUCCCAUGAUGCCAGUGAUGUCUUAAAAGCAGAGUGUAGGUCCUGUUUGUAAGCAUGUGCACAUGUCCACAACCUCUCAUUCUUCCUCUGGAGACCUCAACCCUUCUCAUGCACUGCAGUCUGCGUUGACUAAAGCUGUCAGUGUCAUCGAAUGAUGUCAAACAAACUGACCGCUGCUGCUGCUGCUAAAGAACAUUAAAACUUUGACUAUUUUGGUGAAUGCCGGUUUUCCUUUUUCAGUUUACAUGCCUUUUGGACCCUGCACCCAAAGACUUAUUUGAACUGUUAUUUGCGCAUGGUUCUUGAUUUUGUGUUGUAUUUUGUAGUUAUUAUGGAUCCCCGUUAGCCACUCUUCCUGGAGUCCAGCAAAAUUUACGGCACUUAUAACACUUUUGUAGUUGAUUAACAAGGGAAAAGUGAUGCACAGAUGGUUGUAUAUGCCCGACUUACUGCCUGGGGAUGACAAAAGUGACAAUGAUUGCUGUAAAUGAAGUAUGUGAAAGAGGAUAUGUUUGCUGUUUGGUAAUUGCACAUUAGACAUUACUUUAAAAUUAAUUAUUCAGUGUUCAUUUCAACAGCUGUAGAACAUCCUGUCAUAACUGAUUUGUGUCAAUCCAUAUGCCAUCAAUGGCCUGCACUGGUUUUGAUAUUCCGCCAUGUUUUACUUGCUAAUAAUCAUACACAUUAAUUUUAUUGAAGGUGAUUGGGCCAAGCAUGUAGGCUGCAUUGUCAUUCCCACAUCUUGGCAGUGAUGGUCUCUACCAAUUAGAGUAGGGUUCCUAUGAUAUUUUCUCCAUUCCAGCCAUUACAUUGAGCCCGUCCUCCAAUAGCUCCUCCCACCAGCCUCUGCUGUAGUUUAUACAUUGGCUUCAAUAACCAUCAUCUUGCUAAUCCAAUGGACACAUUUAAUCUUUUGACAACAGUAUUUCAGUAAGUACUGCUUUGAUAAAGCUAGAAAAUGCGAAGGGCGCAACUGCUACAAAACUGAUACCAAAAGUACACCAAACGUAUGUGGACACCCCUUCAAAUUUGUGGAUUUGACUAUUUCAGCUUCACCUGUUGCUGCCAGGUGUAAAAAAAACUUGAGCACACAGCCAUGCAAUCUCCAUAGACAAACAUUGGCAGUACAAUGACCCAUACUGAAGAGCUCAGUGACUUUCAACGUGGUACUGUCAUAGGAUGCCACUUUUCCAACAAGUCAGUUGGUCAGAUUUCUGUCCCUGGUCAACUAAGUGCUGUUAUUGUGAAGUGGAAAUGUCUAGGAGAAACAACGGCUCAGCCGCAAAGUGGUAGGUCACACAAGCUCAAAGAAUGGGACUGCCCAGUGCUGAAGCACAUAGUGUAUAAAAAGCACCUAUCCUCGGUUGCAACACUCCAAACUGCCUCUGGAAGCAGCCUCAGCACAAUAACUUUGUUGGGAGCUUCGUAAAAUGGGUUUCCAUGGCCGAGCAGCCACACACAAGCCUAAGAUUACCAUGUGCAAUGCCAAGCGUCACCUGGAGUGGUGUAAAGCCCACUGCCAUUGGACUCUGAAGCAGUGGAUAUGCAUUCACUGGAGUGAUGAAUCACUCUUCCCCAUCUGGCAGUCCGAUCGAAGAAUCUGGUUUUGGCGGAUACAAGGAGAACGCUACCUGCCCGACUGCAUAGUGCCAACUGUAAAGUUUGGUGGAUGAGGAAUAAUGGUCUAGGGCUGUUUUUCAUGGUUCGUGCUAGGCCCUUUAGUUCCAGUGAAGGGAAAGCUUAACGCUACUGCAUACAAUGACAUUCUAGAUGAUUGUGUGCUUUCAACUUCGUGGCAGCAGUUUGGGGAAGGCCCUUUCCUUCUUUAGCAUGGCAAUGCCCUCAUGCACAAAGAGAGGUCCAAACAGAAAUGAUUUGUCGAGAUUGGCGUGGAAGAACUUGACUUACCUGCACAGAGCCCUGACCUCAACCCCAUCGAACGCCUUUGGGAUGAAUUGGAACGCCAACUGCGAGCCAAGCCUAAUCACCCAACAUCAGUGCCCGACCUCACUAAUGUUCUUGUGGCUGAAUGGAAGCAAGUCCCAGCAGCAAUGUUCCAACAUCUAGUGGAACCCCUUUCCAUUUUUAGGUAGUCAAUUUUCUUCUCCACAAUUGGCUGACUCCUCCUGAUGGCCUGGUUGGACAUGACUGCAACAUGGUCUCCAGGAGGAUCAUCCAAUGAAGUUGGAAGUCCCACCCAGUUGGCUACAUUAAAAUUGUGGAAUCCCUCAAUAGUGCUGCCCAUGCUAAUUCUCUUUUGGCCACUAGAGGUCUCUAUCAUUCUCUAUGGCAGAUACUUUUUGGCGAGAAUGAAUGUUCCUUUAUUUUAUUUAAUUUAUUUUUAUUAACAAAUCAAUACAUAAAGCACAUGAGGGAACACAAGCAUACAUAGAUUACAAACAAUGGACAAUCGAGCUAGGGGGUACAAUAUCACAUUACAAUUACACAAGGACCUUAAGGGACAUGCAUAUACUUACAAUUCUAACAGCUUUUUGUUAGUAAAGCAUUUAACCGUCUUAAAAUACAGUUCAGUUCUUUUUGUAGGAUACGAAAAUGUGGUUUUCUGUUUGUAAAUUUCCAUUUGUGUAUAUGAAAUUUGGCCAAAAGAAUAAUGAAAUUAAUUACAUAAAAAUGAUUCCGCUUAUUUCUAUUGUAUGUAAAGAAUCCAAACAGUACAUCUCUCCACAAUAGUGUAAAAUCUUCAUAAAUGUGUUCAAUUAUAAACCUACUGAUGUCUUGCCACAGUUUUCUUACAUGCAUACAAUGCAAAAAAAAGAUGCACAACUGUUUCUGGGUGGUCAUUACAAAAGGAGCAAUUUGGGUUGAUGUUUUCCUUAAACAUCUUCAUAUAGUGGUUGGCAGGAUAAUAUUUAUGAAUAAUUUUAAAGGAGACUUCCUUAAUUUUGUUAACAAGUAGGUAUGUUUGUGGCAACAUCCAAACUUU